AUGCCUACAGGCGCGCGCUCAAGCUUUAGCGAGGCUCAUCGCGCAAAGUCCUUCCGGGAGUUGAUUGGUGCAUCUCCAUCCACGGCAUCACCCUCUGAUUCGACCUUGAUUAUUGUGGACGCACAGAAUGAAUACGCUGAUGGCCUGCUUCAAACCACCAACAUUGCCCAAACCCGACCCGCCAUUUCCUCCCUCCUCGAAACCUAUCGAACCGCAGCAGCCGACUCCUCGUCGAAUGAAAAGUCCAACAUAAUCCACGUAGUCCACUCAGUCCCCAAAGGCACACCAAUUUUCACCCCCUCCACCCCGCUGGCGGCCGAAUUUGCUGAACUCGAACCUAAAGACUCGGAAAAAGUUAUCUCCAAGCACCUUCCCAGCGCCUUCAGAGACACCGAAUUGCACGCCUACCUCCAGUCGUUGCCUGACGGCAAGGGCAAGAAGAUCGUGCUGGCGGGCUAUAUGGCGCAUGUGUGUGUUUCGACGACGGCGAGGCAGGGCCAUGAGUUGGGGUACGAUGUUGUGAUUUGUGGCGAUGCGGUGGGGGAUCGGGAUAUUCCGGGGGCGACGGGAGAGGAGGUGACGCGGAUGGUGUUGGCUGAGCUUGGGGAUGCUUUUGGGACGGUGGUGGAGAGUAAGGAUAUCAAAUGA